AUGUGCUCCCGCCGGUCCCACGGCCCCCUCCCUCCCGCUACCCUGAUUAUGCCGCUGCAGCCGCCGCCACCGCAGCUGACUCCGCCGCAGCCACCCUCCUUCAUGCUUUCAGUGUCAGAAAGCAUGAAGGUGAGUAUGCCGCCGGACUGGCUAGGCGGCAGCCCGGUCCGGCGGCACCACUAUGAUGCGGCUAUUCCCCCCCCUCACACCCGUGUAUAA